AUGGCUCAAAACCAAACCAACAACCAAGUUAACACCACACAGCCCCUAACCCAAUCUGAUAAAACCCAUAACAACAAUGGACAUAAUCAGGACAUGGAAAUCAACAAAAACCCUAAGGAUACAGCAAACAAUCCAUUGUCAUCAAAACAACAACCCAAGCCAGCAAGUACCCGAGUUGAAGUUCCCAUGCCAAACCCUAAAAUCAAAGAGCUAGUAAAACAAGUACCAAAGUCUGACUCAAUUUGCCAUGACACGUGGAACGCUUGUAUAAAUAAACAAAGAGUCUCUUAUAGUCAGGUAGCUGCAAGAUCAACAAACAAUUACAGCAACCAACCAGAACAACUUUGGCUAACUGAAAUAUCUAACAAGUUAGAGAAAAAGAAAAAACAAGCAUUUGACUAUAAACUUUGA